UCCAUGCUGAAUGAUACUAACAAUCUAGGAACUGUGAUUUAGAAAUAUAAUACAUGAAAAAGAUUUAAUUUUGUUCAGACAGAUGCGUCGAGUUACUAAAAAGUUAAUAAAAUGUGUCCUGGGAUUAAUUUUUACUGGUAUAUAUUGCGAGUUCCUUGUUUAUUAUUUAGUAAUUGUGCAGUGUGGUUGGCCUAAGUUGAAAGCAAAUACAGAAAAUGAUUUAAAAGCUUUAAUCAUAGCUGACACUCAUUUACUUGGUCCCUACAAGGGACAUUGGCUAGAUAAAUGGAGACGAGAAUGGCAAAUGCACCAGGCUUUUCAGGCAAUAAUAAAAUUACAUAGUCCUGAAGCUGUUUUUGUCUUGGGAGACCUUUUUGAUGAAGGAGAAUGGACAGACGAAGAGCAAUUCAAUGAAUAUGUGGAGCGCUUCCACAAAUUAUUUGCAUUGCCAGAUGAUAUCAAGAUGUUUGUUGCUGUAGGAAAUCAUGAUAUUGGAUUUCAUAACUAUAUAAGACGAGAUGUAGCUGUUAGAUUUACAAAGCUUCUAAAAGCUCCGUCAGUGCAGCAUGUUAUAUUGAAAGGAAACCAUUUUGUUCUGCUCAACUCAAUGGCACUGCAAGGAGACUCAUGCAGGUUAUGCACUGGAGCCAGGCAAAAGAUAGAAAAAGUUUCAGAGAAUCUAACAAAAUGUGCAGAGGAUGCAAAUCAGUGUUAUAAAGGAAAUUUGAGGUUUAACUACAGCCAUCCUAUACUUAUGCAACAUUUCCCACUAUACAGAGUAUCUGAUGCCAUUUGUACAGAACCUGAUGCUCCACCUUUGCCAGGGAGAAACAAAUUGUUUAGAAUAAAAUUUGAUGCAUUAUCAAAGGAAUCAACAGAAUACAUUGUGUCUAAAAUCAAACCACGAGCCGCGUUUGGUGGACACACACAUCACGGGUGCUUGGUUCAGCACAACUACAAUCACUUUGAUAGAUUGAAAUUUCUAGAAUAUUCAGUGCCUUCAUUCUCAUGGCGGAAUAGGCCUGAUCCUAAAUACAUGUUGGUAAGCAUAUCACCAAGUGAAUAUGCAGUUAACAAAUGUGGGCUCCCAACUGAGAAUACAAUCAUGCUGUCUGCUGUUGUUUUACUUUUUGUUUUGUUGAUAUAUGUGAUAAGGAAAGGGACCAUAGGAAGAUCAUCAUAUUUAUGAAAUUAAACUUUGUAUUUGAAACUUCCAGGAUUAUAUUUGACAAUAAAUAUUUUUGACAAGA